AUGUUCGCCCGGAUAGCCAGUCGGAGUCCAAGGGGUGAGUCCUGCACCGUAUUUCACCAGAGCACAGUUUCGUCUCCACCUCCUUGACCUAGCACGUCCUCAACCGAAUCGAUCUACUCUCCCCCUUUCGCAGUCCUCGCCUCCACCUCCACGUCCACGUCCACUCUUCUACUCCCCACCACCUCCCACCCCCAUCCGCUCCACUCCCACCCCUUCUCCAGCACCUCCCACGCCUGCGAAUCCAAACGACUCCGCAAAGCCCGUCUGGUUCGCAAAGCGCACAUCGAGAAGAAAGCGCUCCUGGUCCAAUCCCACCUCCAGAACCAACCCGAUCCCGUCCUCGGCUACAACAAGAAGAUCGGCGGUGAAAUUUGGGAACGUUGUCUGUUGAAACGGACCUUGUUGGAUAGGGAGGUGUUGUGGGAAGCGGUCAAGCGGGGGGCCGCAGAGGAGGAGGAGGACGAGGGUAAAGAGCGCAAGCAGGAGCGGGCGACCGUCGAACGGCAUUACAACUUUGGACUGAACGAACAGGACGUACACGUGCUCAGUCAAUCGCUCCCCCAUGUGUCGAUGAUGCGCGACGUCGUCACUGCGUCAGGUCGCUUGGCGUCGCAAGAAUUGAACGAGAACCGGUUGGCCAAGGCCGAGGAGAGGGAGAUCGACAAGAAGGACAAGUUGAUGAGGAUAUUGGAUCUGGGCAAUGCGGACAGUAAAGGCAUCCAAGUGGAGAAUGUGAGGAGGAUCGUCAAGGCGUUUGGCAAGGACGAGAACGAUACGGGUAGUCCAGAGGUCGUCGGUGCGUUUCACCGCUCUUGCACAUCUUGGCGUCGUUCCGAGAUGGGGACUCACUCUUCAACGUUUGCUUUCACUGUCCCCAGCUGCCAUUCUCACCGCCCGUAUCCACUCCCUCUUGACGCAUCUCAUCUCGCAACCGCGCGAUAUCCACAACCGAAGAUCGCUCCGAGCCAUGAUCCAAGACCGCGCCAAGGUGCUCAAGUACCUCAAAGUGACGGACGUGAGGAGGUACGAAGACUGCUUGCUCAAUAUUGGAGUCGAACCGAGGGCUGUCGAAGGGGAGGUCGUCAUUACCAAAAAGGCGUUGAGGGAGUUGAUUAGGGGCGAGUAG